AUGCUCGACGUGCAGAGCAUCUUUCGCGUCUUUUCCGACCCGAUCAAACACAUCGACGUCGUCGCGCAGUUUUUCUACCGCACCCUCCCCGUCGGGGAGGCCUGGCAGGCGAUUUUAUCCCGCCGGGCGAAGGCGACCCCGACGGUGGACCUCGCCCAGGGCCUCACGUACGUCGAGUUCUUCACCGCGGCAGGGCUGCAGGAGUUUCUGCUCCACCAACCCCGCAAGCCGGACGGCGUCCUCCAGCGCUUUGUCCUCCCCAAAGGCGACGGCUCGAGCCGGAAGAACAGCCAACUGCAGGUCUUUUGGUCCCCCCUUUUAACCACCGUCUACCGGCGGACGAAUUACUACCGACUGGACGACCGCGUCGUGCCGAUCCCCACGCGGCUGUCCACCUACGACGGCCCCGCCUACCACAGCUACGAAUCGAUGGUCGCCGACGACGCCAAGAUCUUUCUAACCCGGCUUUGCGAGGACGUCGUUCGGCAUUUUUACCAGGUCGAGCAAAAGCAAAUCACCCGGUUGGUCCUGCAUUUCAAGAUCGACGACGCGAAUCGGGCGUGGUUGUUGUGGGGAAGCAGCGUGCGAGUGCAGGCCGAUCGCUUCAACCCCAGCACCCUGCGCGUCCCGCCCUGUUGGGGUCAGCUAACGGAAGUGUUGAACAACGCGGGCGGGACCGUCUCCCGGCUGGAGGCCCGUCGGGCCCGCCAAAAACACCUCCUGGAGUUGGAUUAUCAUCUCUUUGAGGCCACGCGGGAUAUGGAAUUCGCUCUGAAUUUGGGGGCCGCGCAUCGCCGCCAGGCCAAGGUGCUGGGAAUCGCCGGAAAAUCCCCAACGGAGGGGGCGAUCGCCUCCGGCAAACCGCAGGCGAAAGCCCCCAAAGGGGCGAAAAACCCCAGCGAGGAUGUCCAUCAUCCGCUGUACGAGGCGUUUAGGGCGCUGGGGGAUUCCCGCGAAGGGGGGUCCUUCCGGGGGGCCUUCGCUCGCUCGUCCGAGGGGGCCAAUCGCGCGAAAUCGCGAUCGCCCCUGAACCCCAUGGAGGAAGAUUUCAGCCUGGAAAGGAACGAAAACGAGGGAAUAGAGUGGAAGCGGACAAAUCCGAUGGAGAUCGUUCGCGAGGAGCUCAUCGCGCUCGCGAUGGAUGCGUGGUAUGCGGUGUACUCCACCACCCUCACCGCCGGGAAUGCGCCCCCGACGACGGUGAUUUUAGCCGACCCCCUCCUCGGCGCCCUCCGCGAUGGGGAACUUCGGAGGGUGGUGGAUCUUUUGGGCCUUCAACCGGGCGAGGAAAGCGGGAAUAAACAACAUUAUAUUAUAUCGCCGCGUUUGAUAGAUCGCGGGCAUCGCCUCGAUCGGCCCUCCCUGCAGGUCGAGGAUGAGGUCACGGCCUUUUUUAACGCCCUGUUUGAUCGCCGCGGCGAUGAGAUCACGCGGGUUUGUAUGAAACAAUACAGUGAGCACUUCUAG